AUGGACAACACGGAUAGAAAGGAUGACCUUGAGUGGAAAACAGAGUAUGACGAGUUGCUCGAGGAGGUGGCAUCCACAGAUCAUGUCGAUGUAUCAAAAUGGCCGCUGCUGCGAGAUAUCAUUCGGUACAAGAUCGACAAGAAUAUAGCAUUGUUCCUCUCUGGGACUGUCAAGAAAGAGUAUUCGCGGUUAACAGUAACCGCCACACCAUGUCCGGGUGGGCUGAAACUCCCGCCGUUCCCUCCUCGCGAGCAAGCACGCGUUCUAUCCAGUGCGAUCGAAGCGCCUAAGAACCAACUCACAGAACAGGAGGCGUCGGACUAUAAAGCAACGCUGUAUUCGAUGCUCAACGAGUUUCACAAGAGUCCACCCUUCACGAUCCAAAGGCUUUCUGAACUUUGUCUGCGGCCUACGGAACAAUACAAGUAUCUGGGAAAAUAUCUUCGUGCCGUAGAACGGUCUCUUCUCGUCACCUCAACAUGGGACGCAUUCCCGCCCAUACCAGAAGGCGCCACUCCACGCGCCGUCAGGACCGUACCUCUUGCUGUCAGCUCUCUGUCAGCGCCCUCCACGCCACUGUUUUCUCCUAUCCCCUUCCUUCACGAGGAUGCUCGGCGCUCAAGCUCUCGCAGUCCCCCGCCAAGCCCUCUUGUCUUGCCUGCGAUACGCGUCGGUGGUACCGCCACAGCAAUGCCAUCUGCCGGAGCGGAGGGUGCGGGACAGAAAGCGCUUGGACUUGUAGAUGAAUUGGACCACCCGAGCCCCGGUCAUCUAAGCGAACAGCCACAACCAAUCUCUGCUACGACAACUGUAAACCCGCAGCCAAAACCGUUGUUCGGAAGCUUGGAGGAGAGAUUUGUGGCGGCUGCAAAACAGGUCGAUGGAGAUAGCGAAGAGAUGAAGACGGACGGCUGA